CGGGCACCGCAACUAUGCUGCUGCCCAUCGCUCUCUGUCUCGGCUUGGUCCCCGCGUCUUUCGGAGCUGCAGUUCCUGUUUCAUGUGGCUCCAUCUACAAGAGUUUUGCUCAGUGUUUACUCACGCUUGGGGACAGUUUGGUGGAAACACAAAAAGACCAGAGCACACAGGACAUUGAUGCAAUCUGCAGGUCCUGGAAUGCGUUCCAUGUGUGUGCUAACUCAGCUCUGGUCGGAUGUCCCGGAGAGCCAGCAGCCGUCUGGGAGUCUCUAAGACAAGAGUCCCGGAAGACGCAGUUUUCUGGAAACCUGUACGACAUGUGUGCCAGCCGCACCACCCUCCCACCCAGCACUGUGCCUGCACCCCAGAGCCCCCCCACCUCCGACCAGACCAACCAGGAAACACUGAAAGGGCAAACAUACAAGCACAGCCCGGCCCUCAGCACACUCUUGCUCCCUGUGUGCAGCACGCUACUGGUUCUGCUCAGGAGUUAGUCAGCUGAUCAACCAAUGAGCUGGUCAUCACAGAGUCCUCCACCCCCUAUGGUCCAAACACGCAAGGGUAAACAUGCUUCACAAAUCAGACUUGUCGUGAUUACAUAUCGAUCCUUAAAUCAGGAUUUCAGAUGGAUCAUAAUGAAGUAUUUGGUUCUGUGUUUCUUACAUGGACAAGGAGGUAUAUCUACUAUAUUUAGACAUUAACUGAUCAGAUCAUUACUGUAAUGAUUUUAUAUGCCUCGCCCUCAGAGAGGACAAAAAGGGCAUAAAUAUUUAGAUUAUCCAUACUGGUUUUUGCUAAAAAAUGACACUUUCAUAGACACGAGGACUGCACAUAUACAGUCCAAGUGUUAAAUUAAAUUUAUGUCAUGCACUAUUGCUUGUUUAUGCUAUUUCUGUCUGGAGUAGCAAAGAGUUUAAUCCAGGGAGAGAAGAGGAAGGCCCUCCUAUUACUGAGUUCUCUUAACUGAGAGAAAAACCUUGCCAAUAAGCUCAUAGUAAUAGUACACACCUCAAUUUUUUAUCAUUACUACAGUAAAUCAGUAAUACAGGGUGAUUUUUAGGACAAGAGAGAGUUGAGCGAUUUUUUUAAUGGCAGGCGGUCAGAUCUGUGAUCCAAUCAGGUGUGACCCAGAGGAGAGUAUUAUUACAAAGGGCAAAACAGUGUCUUAGUGCAGAUGGCUUAAUUCAUCACCGUGUAUGACUGGUUUAAGGUCAGAAAAUUAGAUUUGUGUGCGGAAGGAUUCUUUGCAGUGUGUGCAUGUUGUUGCUAAAUUUUUAUCACUUGUUUAAAGCUGUGUCAUUUCAUGUGACUCCUCUCUGGUUUUCCCGUUCUUUUCAAGAAGUCACACUGUAUGUUGCUUUUUCUACU